GUCGCCAAUUGGAUGGAAACCAAGCGCCAGUAACAUUGGUGCAUCAUGACGUCAACGCUUGUAAAUGUAGUUUAUUUUUGUGCUUGUUUAUUUUAUUUAAAUUGACUGUAACUUUGAUCGUUUCUCUAUGUAAAAACUCAAAGUCCCAUAAUGCAACGCUGAAUUUAUUUUUUUUGCGCAGUUUUCGGGGCAGUAUACAUUGUGACCGUGUGAGGGACAUUGGAUGACUUUGUGCCUGGGUUGCUUUGUAGUUAGUCCAUUUAUUUGACAGGUACAGUCUUUCUUUCCCAGAGCUAUGGAGGCCCUUAUCCCGGUCAUAAACAAAUUACAAGAUGUGUUUAAUACGGUUGGCGCGGACAUUAUCCAACUGCCGCAGAUUGCUGUUGUUGGAACGCAGAGCAGUGGGAAGAGUUCAGUGCUAGAGGCUCUGGUGGGGAGAGACCUUCUUCCCCGUGGUACUGGCGUUGUCACCCGUCGGCCCCUCAUCCUCCAGCUGGUCCAUGUGGACCCAGAGGACCGCAGGAAGACCAGCGAGGAGAAUGACCCCAAUGCUUGGAGAAACAUGCGCCUUUACAAAGGUGUCGACGGAGAGGAAUGGGGCAAAUUUCUACACACCAAAAACAAGAUCUACACAGACUUUGAUGAAAUCCGGCUCGAGAUCGAAGCUGAAACGGAAAGAGUUUCUGGCAAUAACAAGGGAAUCACGGAUGAACCCAUACACCUGAAGAUCUUCUCCCCUCACGUAGUCAACCUCACACUGGUGGAUCUGCCAGGUAUCACAAAGGUGCCGGUGGGAGACCAGCCCAAAGACAUCGAGGUGCAGAUCAAAGACUUGAUCGUGAAGCACAUCUCUAACCCCAACUCCAUAAUCUUGGCUGUGACUGCUGCCAACACAGACAUGGCCACAUCAGAGGCCCUCAAAGUGGCCCGCGAGGUUGACCCUGACGGCAGGAGGACGUUGGCUGUGGUGACCAAACUGGACCUAAUGGAUGCUGGGACAGAUGCCAUGGACGUACUGAUGGGUCGGGUCAUCCCUGUCAAACUGGGCCUCAUAGGAGUGGUCAACAGGAGUCAGCUUGACAUCAACAAUAAGAAGACCGUGGCAGACGCCAUCCGUGAUGAAUAUGCCUUCCUACAGAAAAAGUACCCCUCCCUCGCCAGCAGAAAUGGAACCAAAUACUUAGCCAGAACGUUGAACAGGUUGUUGAUGCAUCACAUUAGAGACUGUCUCCCGGAGCUGAAGACUCGUAUCAAUGUGCUGGCGGCCCAGUACCAGUCCCUGCUGAGUAGCUACGGUGAACCUGUAGAGGACCAGAGCUCUACUCUGCUGCAGCUCAUCACCAAGUUCGCCGCAGAGUACUGCCACACUAUCGAGGGCACCGCUAAGUACAUAGAGACAACAGAACUGUGUGGAGGAGCACGAAUCUGUUAUAUUUUCCAUGAGACCUUUGGUCGGACGCUGGAGUCCGUCGACCCACUGGGAGGUCUGACCACCAUAGACGUGCUAACAGCUAUUAGGAACGCUACAGGCCCGCGGCCAGCCCUGUUUGUGCCUGAGGUGUCAUUUGAGCUGCUGGUGAAGAGACAGGUGAAGAGACUGGAGGAGCCCAGCCUGCGCUGUGUGGAGCUGGUUCACGAAGAGAUGCAGAGAAUCAUUCAGCACUGCAGCAACUACAGCACACAGGAGCUGUUGAGAUUUCCUAAGCUCCAUGAUGCCAUAGUAGAAGUGGUCACAUCCCUCCUCAGGAAAAGGUUACCAGUCACCAAUGAGAUGGUUCAUAACCUAGUGGCCAUCGAGUUGGCCUAUAUUAACACCAAACACCCUGACUUUGCUGAUGCCUGUGGCCUCAUGAACAACAACAUAGAGGAACAGAGACGUAACAGAAUGAGAGAGCUACCCUCGUCUGUUCCUCGGGAUAAGUCCUUUAAGGGCCCAGGUGUUCAGUCUCUCUCCCCCACUGAUCUUCCUCCCCCAGAAGGAGAAAGACCCCAGACUGCAGGCGGUGGUUCCCAGGGAGACCAGGAGGUGGGGACAGGGAACUGGAGGGGCAUGUUGAAGAAGGGAGAGGAGGGGGUCGGCGGGGACAAGUCCAUGCUCCAGACCUCUAACCCUGGCAGCCCUCAGAGGGGCCACGCCGUCAACCUGCUGGAUGUGCCUGUUCCCGUUUCCAGGAAGCUGUCGGCCAGAGAGCAGAGGGACUGUGAGGUCAUCGAGAGGCUUAUCAAGUCCUAUUUCCUCAUCGUCAGGAAAAACAUCCAGGACAGCGUGCCCAAGGCGGUGAUGCACUUCCUGGUGAACCAUGUAAAGGACAGUCUGCAGAGUGAGCUGGUGGGGCAGCUGUAUAAGGCUGGUCUGCUGGAUGACCUGCUCACUGAGUCAGAAGACAUGGCCCAGAGACGCAACGAAGCUGCAGACAUGCUCAAGGCCUUGCAGAAAGCCAGUCAGGUGAUCGCUGAGAUCAGAGAAACACACAUGUGGUGAGGGCCUCUACCUCCGUCCUCUCCCCCCCCCCCCACAUGGACCAUAAGCACUGAACCCUGUUCUGGACUGCAGAGACGGCCAACUUGGAAAUACACUGGUGUCAAUUUGUGUUUAUUGAGUAUCAUCAAUUCUCCAUCCUCUUGAAGUUGUCACUUCCACACUCCCCUGUCAUGGUUUUAAAAGCAAUGGAUGGGUGUAAAGCCUUGGCUGAAGGGAGUUUCAACCAAACCCAUGACCGGGAGUGUAAUACCACACACUUCUGGUAAUGAGUGGAGAAUGGGGAUGCACAUUUGAAAAUAGUUGUAGAUUGUAUUAUAUGGACUUGACCUAUUAACAGUAUCAGUCUUCACCUGCACCACAUCGCACACCAAAAUGACCUUUCAUAUGUACGUAUAGUAUUAUAUUGAUGAACGUGUGAGGUCUACCUACUGAAUAAUGUGGAGUUACAUUAAAGAUGUUUCCUCUAGUUUCUGGCUUGCUGGUAUGUAUGUACGUAUGCUGAGACUUGUAAAUAUUGUCUGUCUUCAUCAUGUUUGCUGAUCUAUUGUCUCACGUGUCUAUGCUACUGCUGAAAAUGUCCUUUACAUGGUAACAAUCUCUCAUUUGUGUCGCUGAUAUUUACAAAGAGCCGAGAAAUGCCACUCUGACGUAGAGUAAGCGUUAUUUGUUGGUUGAAAAAGCACCAUGAUGCAACCGUACACUUCCAUGUUCUCUGGGAUUUCAACGUCUCUUCACCAUCUUGUGUGUUAUUUUGACUCGACCGUACGUCUGUCGCUAAAUGUGUUUUAAGAUAUCUAGUGUAUAUUGAUGAGGUCAUUUGUCCUACUAUAUUGAUUAUGGAUAAUGAUCAUUUGUUGUCAUACCGACAAUACCAUGUGGUAAACUAUUUGUAGCAAAAGCAGGGCUGAAUUGUGUGGCAACGUCUAACUUGAAGUGGCAGGUUUAUUCCGUAUAUUCUCAAAAAGUGGUACCAGGGUUGAAUGAGCCAUUUUAUUGACUUGUGAUCCAGUCUGCUGUUAUACCAGACGGAACAAUGAACAUCACGUAUACAGACACAUUAUCAUCAUGGGCCGAUCUCCAGUCAUGGCUGUCUGCCCUCGACCAUGGCGGCUGCUCCUUUUACCUCACACGGCCCAUCUUCUUGCCUCGACCUUUGGCGCUGAGGGGUCAGGACAAGGUUAAGAAAUCUCAAUCACUUGGCAGCCAGGUCGUAAGCCCAGUAGUGAACGUCCCUGUUGCAGCACUUCACUGCACUCUGAGUCUAACGCUACACCCAGAAGUGUGCACUUGUUCUCACUCCCCCUCAUGCAAGGGGGAGUCAGAGACUCUGGUGGAAAAAGUGGUCCACUUCUGGGUCAAGGGUGAAUAUGUUUAAUGGUUUGUCAGUUACACGGGAUUUGACUUCUUUUGGCUUGAUGUUUAUCAUUAAAUAGUUUGAUUGUGCCGUAAUUUCAGACCAGACCAUGUUGGCAAUUUACAUCGUCACCACUUACAAUGUCUUCAAUCUAUCGUGCAGUGAUCAUGCUAUACGCAAUGCACACACACACAGAUGGACAUAGGCUGUGUAAGUGAUGGUCAUGGCUGUUUCUUUGGUUUCAAUCUAUGUGUGUUCCACUGGUCAUUAAAUGACCAUCCCUGCUUGAGAGUUUGAAAGGAAUGAUGGGAAAUGGAGUUGUUGAUGGAAUGGCAACCAGUGACUCAGCCCAAUUCAAAUGAAAACCACAAUGCUGGGUCUUGUUCAUUAGGCACAACAUGGAAGAAACUGUUCUAAACUGUACUCUGUACUCGUCCAAUAAGAGAUGCUUGUCUGUUUAUUAGUCUACGUGUUUUCAUUUUCUUUUAAUUUUGUACCCUAAUAAACACGACUCAGAAUUUCUUUGUCCUUCAAAGUC